UUUACACACGAUACAACUAGCGCUCGUGACCCACCCAUUAUCUAAUUACAAAACAAUAGCAGAUGGCCCUCUGAAUCAAUUCCAGCUAAUAAUCCCGUUCCAAAUGACAGAUCUGAAUCAUACGGUACCGCGAAACCGGCCGGGACGUUCGUAGCUAAAACAACAAAAUGUAUUUUUUUCUGGCUCUCUUUUUCAUGUGUUUGACGACACCGCUGCUGGCACACGACAAUAACACUAAAUGCGAGGAGAUAGAAGUGAGGGGCGUACCACACAGGAAGAUCGUCCUCGGCAAAGGCAUCAACCGACCGUACCAGCUCGCGUACGACCAGAAGGACCACAAGGUGUUCUACAGCUACAACACGGGCGAGGACGACGAGGACUCCUUCGCCAUCGGCUACAUAGAGAAAAACCACACCAGACACAACGGCACCGAGGAGGUCGAAAACGGAUUCGCCGUAGCCAUCAACCACAAAGACAACAUCAUAUACUUCGGAGGCAGCGGGGGCGUGUACGAGCACCAUCUGAACAAGAAAGACAGCAAAAUAGAAAACAUAGACAAGACGCACAACGUCUGGGACAUGUUUUUCAAGAAGCACCUCUACUUCAUCAACUUUCCGUUCCAACAUCUGUACAAAUACGACCACGAGAAGAAGAAGUUCCAACGGCAGAGGCAUAUACACGAGAAGAUUUAUCAGUUCGCGAUAGACGGAGAUGAUGACGUAUUUCUGACCAACGAAACGGGGUUGUACAUUAUCAAAAACGGCACGGACCAUCGAAACUACAUCGAAGGGCCGAAGGUAUAUAGGGCAAUCGAAAUAAAUAAUAAAGGCGAGGCGUACUUCUCCGGACAGAACGGUAUAUACGUGGCUCAUAAGCACAACAAUACUUUGCACAAGAUAGCCCACGUCAAGAACAUUUUCGGUAUUACCUUCGACCAUGACGACCACAUCAUAUACUCCGACCCCCAUGAAAUUGUCAAGCUCUUACCAGAAAAGUGUUAAACAAAUUUAAGUAUGCAUUGUA